GACGAGGACUCUGCGAUGAGUCAGGCUGAGGACCAGGAUGAGGGGGUCCCUCUGUGGGGGGGACAGGACGACCAGACCAGAGCCAAGAAGGUGCUGCAGCAGAGACCAGACCCUCCUGAACCCAGCUGCGUCUCCAUGAAGACUACCCGGUCCAUGACUCCGCCACCCUAUUUUAAGAGACGGGAUUGUGAGACAGAUAUUUUAGGGAUCCAGCAGCAGGGACCAGACCCUCCUGGACCCAGCUGUGUGUCCUGUAAGACUGACUGGUCUAUGGAUCGUCCUAUUGACCUCAAAAAAGGACAACCUGCAGGUGGAAGGAUCCAGCAGCAGAGACCAGACCCUCCUGGACCCAGCUGUGUGUCCUGUAAGACUGACUGGUCUAUGGAUCGUCCUAUUGACCUCAAAAGAGGACAACCUGCAGAUGGAAGUGUUCGGCAGAAGAGGUCAGAGCUUCCCAGGGAUCAGGCUACCCAACAGCAUCAAUCAGAACUGGACUCUGUGUUUACGCUGCUGAAGGAGAACAUCUUCACUUAUGUGAACGAGGAGCUGAAGAGGAUUCAAAAGCUUCUUUGUCCAGAUUCCGCACAUUCCUUCAAAGGUCAGAGGGAAAAGGAAGAGGUGGUGCACGGUGAGGAUGAAGAGCAGAGGAGGAGCAGCAGAGAGGCGUUUCUGAAGAUAACACUGCACCUCCUGAGGACAAUGAAGCAGGACAAGCUGGCCGACCGUCUGCAGAGCAUAACUCAUGCUCCAGUGUGCCGACGUAAAGUCAAGUCUAACUUGCAGAAGAAGUUCCAGCGUGUGUUUGAGGGGAUUCCUAAAGCAGGAGACCCGACCGUUCUGAAUCAGAUGUUCACAGAGAUCUACCUCAAAAAGGGAGGAACCGCACAGGUCAAUGAUGAACAUGAGGUCAGACAGAUUGAAACAGCAUCCAGGAAACCAGACACACCAGAAACAAUAAUCAGACAAGAAGACAUCUUUAAAACCCCACCUGGAAGAGAUGAACCAAUCAGAACCGUGAUGACAACGGGAGUGGCUGGCAUCGGGAAAACAGUCUUAACACAGAAGUUCACUCUGGACUGGGCUGAAGGCAAAGCCAACCAGGACAUCCAGUUCACAUUCCCAUUCACCUUCAGAGAGCUGAAUGUGCUGAAAGAGAGAAAGUUCAGCUUGGUGGAACUUGUUGAUUACUUCUUUAGUGAAACUAAAGAAGCAGGAAUCAGCCGGUUUGAAGAGGUUGUCUUCAUCUUUGACGGUCUGGAUGAGUGUCGACUUCCUCUGGACUUCCUCAACACUGAGAUCCUGACUGAUGUUACAGAGUCCUCCUCAGUGGGUGUGCUGCUGACCAACCUCAUCAGGGGGAAACUGCUUCCCUCUGCUCGCCUCUGGAUAACCACACGACCUGCAGCAGCCAAUCAGAUCCCUCCUGGGUGUGUUGACAUGUUGACAGAGAUCAGAGGGUUCACUGACGCCCAGAAGGAGGAGUACUUCAGGAAGAGAUUCAGAGAUGAGGAGCAGGCCAGCAGAGUCAUCUCCCACAUCAAGAGAUCACGAAGCCUCCACAUCAUGUGCCACAUCCCAGUCUUCUGCUGGAUCACUGCUACAGUUCUGGAGGACGAGUUGAAGACCAGAGAGGGAGGAGAGCUACCCAAGACCCUGACUGAGAUGUACAUCCGUUUCCUGGUGGUUCAGACCAAAGUGAAGAACAUCAAGUUUGAUGGAGGAGCUGAGACAGAUCCACACUGGAAUUCAGAGAGCAGGAAGAUGAUUGAGUCUCUGGGAAAACUGGCUUUCAAGCAGCUGCAGAAAGGCAACCUGAUCUUCUAUGAAUCAGACCUGACAGAGUUUGGCAUCGAUGUCAGAGCAGCCUCAUUGUACUCAGGAGUGUUCACACAGAUCUUUAAAGAGGAAAGAGGACUGUAUCAGGACAAGGUGUUCUGCUUCGUCCAUCUGAGUGUUCAGGAGUUCCUGGCUGCUCUUCAUGUCCAUCUGACCUUCACCAACUCUGAAGUCAACCUGCUGUCAGAAGAACAAACACCAUCCUGGUGGCCCAAAGUGUUCUGGGACAGAACGGCACGUUUCUACCAGAGUGCUGUGGAAAAGGCCUUACUGAGUCCAAAUGGACACCUGGACUUGUUCCUCCGCUUCCUUCUGGGUCUUUCACUGGAGACCAAUCAGAAACACCUACGAGGCCUGCUGACACUAAAAGGAAGUAGCUCACAGACCAAUCAGGAAACAGUCCAGUACAUCAAAAACAAGCUCUGUGAAAAUAUGUCCCCAGAGAGAAGCAUCAAUCUGUUCCACUGUCUGAAUGAACUGAAUGAUCGUUCUCUUGUGAAGGAGAUCCAACAGUCCUUGAGUUCAGGAAGUCUCUCCACAAAUGAAGUGUCUCCCGCUCACUGGUCGGCUCUGGUCUUCAUCUUACUGUCAUCAGAAGAAGAUCUGGACGUGUUUGACCUGAAGAAAUACUCUGCUUCAGAGGAGGCUCUCCUGAGGCUGCUGCCAGUGGUCAAAGCCUCCAAAAAAGCUCUGCUGAGUGGCUGUAAGCUGUCAAAGAGAAGCUGUGAAGCUCUGUCUUCAGUUCUCAGCUCCCAGUCCUCUAGUCUGAGAGAGCUGGACCUGAGUAACAACGAGCUGAAGGAUUCUGGAGUAAAGAUUCUGUCUGCUGGACUGGAGAUCUCAGAUUGCAGAUUGGAAACUCUCAGUCUGUCAGGCUGUCUGGUCUCAGAAAAAGGCUGUGCUUCUCUGGCCUCAGCUCUGAGCUCCAACCCCUCCCAUCUGAGAGAGCUGGACCUGAGCUACAAUCAUCCAGGAGACUCAGGAGGGAAGCUGCUGUCAGCUGGACUUAAGGAUCCAAAAUGGAAACUGGAUACUCUCCGACUGGACUAUGGUGGACCACAGAGACUGAGUUCUGGUCUGAGGAAGUAUGUCUGUGAACUGGACCUGGACUCAAACACUUUACACAGAAGACUCAAACUGUCCAACGACUUCAGGACGGUGAGAUAUGUGAGAGAGGAGUAUCAGUCCCAUCCGGAUCACCCAGACAGGUUUGACUGGUGGCCUCAGCUGCUGUGUAGCGAAGGUCUGACGGGGCGCUGCUACUGGGAGGCGGUGUGGAGAGGACGGGUCCAUGUAGCAGUGAGUUACAGAGGCAUCAGGAGGACAGGAGACGGUAAAGACUGUGUGUUUGGAGGGAAUGAUCAGUCCUGGAGUCUGGUCUGCUCUGAGGAUGCUGGUUACUCUGUUUAUCACAAUGACAGAGAAACAUCCAUCCCCUCCCCUUCCUCGUCCCCGUCCUCUGUCUCUAACAGAGUAGCAGUGUAUGUGGACUGUCCUGCCGGCACUUUGUCCUUCUACAGAGUCUCAUCUGACUCACUGAUCCACCUCCACACCUUCAACACCACAUUCACUCAGCCUCUCUAUCCUGGGUUUGGGUUCUGGCCUGGUUCCUCAGUGUCUCUGUGUCCUCUGCAGGACUGAGAGUGUCUCCUGUGGACAGAAACCCUGACUGAAGAUCAGCUGUUCGGUCGGUUCCCAGUCUGCACUAUGGAGCAACUUCUCUGUGUUCAUCAGUUUUAUUAUCAACGACUAGAACUGUAGAAAUACUUAAUGAUAUUUAACGUCUCAAAAACAUGAACUCCUCUUUUUCUUUCUAACUUAGUCUGUCAUUUGCCUAAAAUGUCUACACAAACUGUUUCUUUAAGGCUCCAUAUUCUGCUCAUCAUGAGGUUCAUAACUGUAUUUUGAGGUUUACCAGAAUGGGUUUCCAUGGUUUAUUUCCAACUUUGGUCAGUAUAAGGCAGGAUUAGCUGGGAGACUUCUACAAGGGGCCCAUAGGUACACCGCCCCCCACCCCAGCACCCCUGCACCAGGAUAAGGUGCUGGUCCCCCUGAAAGGUUGUCAAAAUCCUGUCCACCAUACACACCGAUCACCUCUCCGGCCCAUUUUGACUUCUUGUUUCCUGCUAACAUGAUUAAGCUAUUGAUUCGUUUUCCCAACGAUUUCUAUUCAACAAUUUUUGUUUUGAGUUUGUGUCCCUGUGACAGAGUUUACUGGAUUUCUUUGUUUGGGUUGGGGGUGAAUCAGAAAGUUCUUUAUUGUAUGAGGUGUGAAUUUAUUUUAAUAAGAAGUCCUUUUUUAUUACUUUGGCUUGAGUCGGUGCACCAACGCCCUGCAGACGCCUCAGGGAACAAUGAGCCAGGGCUGUAGGACUCCAGUCCGGUCUUGGACUUGAGUCCGGACUCGAGACCGUUUUUCUAUGGUCUCGGACUCGCUGGUAUUUAGACACGGACUUGUCUCGGACUCGCUAGUAUUUGGACUCGGACUUGUCUCGGCCACUGGUCUUGCCAGAUCUGGCUUUUGGGCUUUUGGUCUUGACCGCAUCCAGAUGUCUUCAUUAUGUUGAUAAUAAUAUUGGAGGGAAAGUGAAACCCAAAAUGAUUGUCUUGAUG